CCACAUAGGAUUUAAUUGUCUUUAGCCGAGGGGCGGGCCAUGUUGUCAGCUCUACUUCUUGUGAACUGUGUUGGCAUAAAGGCAUUCAGUGCAGAGGAAUGGUGACAGCUGAGAGAGAAGCACCCUAUACAUAGAUGCAGCCAUGAAGGAAAUCAUGGCACAGAAAGAGAAGCUUCAAUGUCUGAAGGAUUUCCACAAGGACACCCUGAAACCUUCACCAGGAAAGAGCCCCGGCACGCGACCUGAAGAUGAGGCUGAAGGCAAAACCCCUCAGAGGGAGAAGUGGGCCAGCAAGCUCGACUUUGUCCUGUCUGUGGCUGGUGGCUUUGUCGGAUUAGGAAAUGUCUGGCGGUUCCCGUACCUUUGCUAUAAAAAUGGUGGAGGUGCAUUUCUCAUCCCCUAUUUCAUCUUCCUGUUUGGCGGUGGCCUGCCUGUGUUCUUCCUGGAGGUUGCUCUGGGCCAGUACACUUCUGAAGGAGGAAUCACCUGCUGGGCCAAACUCUGCCCCAUCUUCACUGGUAUUGGCUAUGCCUCCAUUGUGAUUGUAUCUCUACUGAACAUUUACUACAUCGUGAUCUUGGCCUGGGGGCUGUACUACCUGUUUCAAUGCUUUCAGCCUGAGCUCCCCUGGGCCAAAUGCAAGCAGCCCUGGAACACAGAAAACUGUGUGGAGGACACAGUCCGCAAGAACAAGACCCUUUGGCUUGCAGCCAAUAUCACCAACUUUACCUCUCCUGUCACUGAAUUCUGGGAACGCAACGUCCUGAGCAUCUCCUCCGGGAUUGAGGACGUUGGGCCCCUGAAGUGGGACCUGGCCUUGUGUCUCCUGGCAGUGUGGGUUAUCUGCUUCUUUUGCAUCUGGAAGGGAGUCAAGUCUACUGGGAAAGUGGUGUACAUAACGGCGACUUUCCCAUUUGUCAUGCUGAUUGUGCUGCUGGUGCGUGGGGUGACCCUGCCCGGGGCAACCGAAGGGAUCAAAUUUUACCUGUACCCUGACCUGAGCCGUUUACAGGAUCCAGAGGUAUGGAUUGAUGCAGGGACCCAGAUUUUCUUCUCCUAUGCCAUUUGCCUGGGGGCCAUGACAUCUCUGGGGAGCUACAACAAGUACAAAUACAACUGCUACAGGGACUGUUUGCUGCUGGGAGGCCUCAACAGCGGUACCAGUUUUGUGUCUGGCUUCGCAAUAUUUUCCGUCCUGGGCUUCAUGGCACAAGAGCAAGGGGUGGACAUUGCCGAUGUGGCAGAGUCAGGCCCUGGCUUGGCCUUCAUCGCGUACCCUAAGGCUGUGUCCAUGAUGCCACUGCCUACCUUCUGGGCCAUCCUCUUCUUUAUCAUGCUUCUGCUUCUGGGCCUGGACAGUCAGUUUGUUGAAGUGGAAGGACAGAUCACCUCUAUUGUGGAUCUGUAUCCAUCCCUCCUAAGGAAGGGUUACCACCGAGAGAUCUUUAUAGCUGUCAUGUGUUGCAUAAGCUAUCUUCUGGGCCUCAGCAUGGUGACAAAAGGUGGCAUGUACGUGUUUCAACUCUUUGACUACUAUGCAGCCAGCGGUGUGUGCCUUUUGUGGGUCGCAUUCUUUGAAUGUAUCGCUGUAGCCUGGGUUUAUGGCGUUGAUAAUUUCUACGACGCUAUUGAGGAUAUGAUUGGCUACAAACCAAACGCGUGGAUGAAAUGGAGCUGGACUGUCAUCACUCCCGUCCUCUGCAUGGGUUGCUUCGUCUUCUCCCUUGUGAAGUACAAGCCCUUGACUUAUAACAAGGUAUAUGAGUACCCCGACUGGUCCAUUGGCCUGGGCUGGUCUUUGGCCCUUGCUUCAAUGAUCUGCAUCCCCAUGGUGAUGGUCAUCAAGAUCCUUCAGUCUGAGGGACCCCUGAUUGAGAGGAUCAAAGCUGUGGCAGCCCCAGUGAAAGGAGGUGCGAGCUCUCGUCCCAAGGAGUACAGCCUGAAGGGCAGCGAGCUAACACAACCCCUAGACCCAAAUGGGAACAAUGGCUUGAUCAAGCCCACGCACACCAUUGUAGAAACAAUGAUGUGAGCGCUCUCUGUGAGAGGAAUAAGAUUGACGUGCUUUCUGUGUUAUUUGCUAACUGAUAGUGGUAGGUUUACAAUGUUCUAUAUAUUCGCACUAGGAAUAUUCUGGUUUGGUGUCUAUGAGGAGAGUUAUAUAUUGUUGUCAUUUUUUUUCUCUUGAAAUAUUUUUUUUAUUUUUUACAAUAUUGUUGUUAAUGUUGUUACAAUUGUUAUUGCUGUAGUUGGCACUGAUCUCAGUUUAGGCAGUAUUUUCGAUUAGAACAUUUCGUUCUAUGUUUACUACCUUUCUGUUGAUUCUGGAGGCGAGGAGUUUGCUCUUUUUGGUGUGAUAGCAAAAAAAAAAGAUAACUUUUCACUUCAUGAAAUAUAAAACAAGUAUAAUCUCAGUAAAAUGAACAUGUAAGCAAAUGUGUAACAGGUAGCAGACUUCUAAGAUGACGUCCUCACGUUGUUGUGGCAGUAUCCUUGCCUAAGGUAAUUUCUAAUCUCUUGUUGUUGCUGUUGUUCGUCUUGAGAUGCAACUGAAUGUACCUCCGCGAGCUGCGGAAGCAAAAGCCACCCACAUCUGCAGGUAGAGUACAUAUCCAUAACACCUAGUCUGAAUGUUAAGUGGCAAUAUGCAGUGUAUAUAGUUAAUCUUGCAUGACAUCCUUACAGUUCAUUAACAAGGCCCUGGCCAAAUACUGCAGUAAAUGCAUUUCCAAUGAGAUUUAUCUUUAGAGAGGGGUGAGGAAAUGUGGAGAAAAACAGCUUGGUGAAGAAAGAACGAAAAGAGAAAGGGGAAGGGGAAGUGGCAUUUUAAAAGUAUUUGUACACCGCCUUCGACUACCACAGUCCAUCCCAGUGCAUUUAUUGAAACUCUCUUUGCACUUUAUAUGUUCAAUCUCACCUUUUAUUGUAGUAUUUUUUAUUUCUAUUGUUGCAAGAAAUUGCAAGUACAUUUGCAACACAUUUCAGGAGGAAAUAUUUUAGCUUCUAACUUUUUGAUAUCGUUAACUUUGAUAUACACUAGAUAUUAACAUAUCGACUUGCUAAGACAAUGAAGAAUAGACAUUUGAAAAUUGACGUCAAAUAUCCCGGUUCACUACUAGUGAGAACUACGUGAAAUGUAACUUCAAAAAGCAAAAACUUAAACUAAAUUAUUUUUUUUUCUAAUAAUUCUCAAAGCUUUCUCUAUCAUGUUCAUUUCAAUAGCAGACCUGCUCUGUUGAAUAUUUGUAUUGUGCAAAACUACCACUGGAUUCAUGUUCAGUUUAGGUAACUAUUUUAGAGUUUUACUUGUUUGUAAAUCACAUAUGCCUUUUUGUAACCAUUUUAUACUGCGCAUCACAUGAACACUAUCACUGAUUACUUAUUUUUCUGAUUACUGUCAAUUUGUAUUUUAAAUGUUGUUUAUUGUGAACCUGAAAGACGUUUUCGGUGUGCAAUAUUCAUCAAAGAAAUGGCCUUCCUUGCUCUCUCAAAAUUCUGUGUCGAACGGAUCAAAAAAAAUUUUUUCCCCAUUAUUCAAUGAUGUAAAAUCUUACAAAACCACUGCCGACAUAAAUGUGGAACCGUUAAUCCCAAAGCAUGUAAAGGAGCCACCACAGUAUAGUGCUGCUUUGUCGACACGAAAAUUGGUGUAAAAAUAACAAGUUCCUGGAAAAUCAAGCGUACCAAAGUGUUUUUGUUCUCUUUUUGUCCCAUUUCAGAUGCACAUGGCAUCACUUAUUUGUAGAUUAAAAAUAAACAUUGUUUUCU